UUUUCAUCUUCCCAUUGAAAAAACAAAGGAGCUCUUGGUAAAACAUGUCGUGGAUCAGAGAGGGCGAGCUGACCAUCAUAGAGAGAUUUUGUGCCAACAUCAUUAAGGCAGGUCCAAUGCCCAAGCAUGUGGCCUUCAUCAUGGAUGGCAACCGCCGUUACGCCCGCAAAUGCCACGUGGAGAGGCAGCAGGGACACUCGCAAGGCUUCGAUAAGUUGGCGCAGACACUGCGGUGGUGUUUAAACCUUGGCAUUCGGGAGGUCACUGUUUAUGCCUUUAGUAUCGAGAACUUUAAACGCUCCAAGGAGGAGGUGGAUGGACUAAUGGAUUUGGCAAGGCAGAAAUUUAGCCGCCUACUAGAAGAACAGGAGAACUUGAAGAAACAUGGUGUGUGCAUCCGUGUCCUCGGGGACCUGCCACUUCUGCCCUUGGAUAUUCAGGAGCUGAUUGCGCAAGCUGUGCUGGCAACAAGGAACUACAACAAGUGCUUUCUAAAUGUUUGCUUUGCAUACACAUCGAGACAUGAAAUCAGCAAUGCUGUCAGGGAGAUGGCAUGGGGAGUGGAACAAGGACUGCUCGAGCCCAGUGACGUGUCUGAAUCGUUGCUUGAUAAGUGUCUGUACACCAGCAACUCCCCUGACCCAGACCUCCUGAUUCGAACCUCUGGAGAGGUUCGGCUGAGUGAUUUCCUGCUCUGGCAGACAUCCCAUUCAUGCCUGGUGUUUCAGUCAGUCUUGUGGCCAGAAUAUUCCUUUUGGAACUUGUGUGAGGCUAUACUUCGGUUCCAGAUGAACUACAGUGCUUUACAGAAGGCCAGAGACUCCUACAUGGAGGAAAGGAGGAGACAACAGAUGGAAAGGGAUCAGGCUUAUGUGGCAAAGAAGCUGCAGCAGGAGGGGGUUGUGUCCCACGGAGACUCUCGGCGCCGAUGGACGCUGUUGCAGAAAUGCACCGCCAUGAGGGAGGAGAGAAUCCAGAGCUUCCUGCAGGCACUAGAGCACAAGAGAGCAGACUUCUUUGAGAGAUUGUGUUCGGUGUCCGCAUGACACAGGUGCUGGGUUCUUCAUGGGAAGACCAUUUUAAUCUGUGUUAGAGGGAACAGCUGCUGCCCUGAGGAAUUCACUCGCUGU